AUGUCCGACGCAAAAUACUUUCAAAGAGGAAAGAUACAUGACCUCCGUACGGAGCUGGCGGGCGACCGCAAAGACCCGAAGCACACCAAAAAGCGAACAGCCAUGAAGAAAAUUGUUGCUAAUAUGACAAUGGGGAACGACAUGUCGCCUCUCUUCCCCGACGUCGUGGGCUGCAUGAACGUGCCAAUAGUCGAAGUAAAAAAGAUGGUGUACCUCUACCUCAUCAAUUACGCGAGGAGCAAACCGGAUCUGGCCGUCAUGGCUGUCAACAGCUUGGCUAGGGACGCGGAAGACCCAAAUCCGCUCAUUCGGGCCCUCGCAAUCAGGACGAUGGGAUACAUACAUGUCGAUAGGAUCUUGGACGAACUGCUUCGUCCGCUUAAUCGCGCGCUUCAGGAUAAGGACCCAUAUGUGGCCAAAACAGCGGCGAUAUGCGUGGCGAAGCUGUAUGUUCAUAACCGAGAACUUGUCGAGAAGGAGGGGCUUUUGGAGCAGCUGAAGGGUUUGCUGAACCACGAGAAUUCCACGGUAGUGGCCAACGCGGUAGCAGCUUUAAUGGAGAUCUCCGACAGAUCAGAGACGUACGAAUUCGUCCUGGAUGUCUCGCAAGGAAACAAGUUGCUCACAGCACUGAACGAAAGCUCAGAAUGGGGUCAAGCGUUCCUUCUGGACGCCAUCAUGCGCGUCGUCCCGCAAGAGUCGGAGGACGCCGAGCUUUUAGCUGAUCGAAUCAGUCCGCGACUCCAACACGCGAAUUCGGCGGUUGUCAUGACGGCUGUCCGUGUCAUUCUCUUCUUGACGAACUACAUUGCGAAAGACGACGUUGUGAAUACUCUGUUGAAGAAAUUGGGUCCACCAUUAGUAACCCUCCUUCACGGCGGCCCCGAAGUCCAAUACGUCGCCCUCCGCAACAUCCUCCUCCUCCUCCAACGAAAACCCGACGCGCUCAAAAACGAGCUCAAAGUCUUCUUCUGCAAAUACAACGACCCCAUCUACGUCAAGAUGGCCAAACUGGAGAUCAUGGUCCGCCUUGCAAAGGACACUAACAUCGAUGAAGUGUUGCCGGAGUUGAAGGAGUAUAGUUCGGAGGUGGAUGUGGAUUUCGUGAGGAAAGCGGUUAGGAGCAUUGGACGGUGUGCGAUUAAGAUUGAGAGUGCGGCGGAUAAAUGUAUUGGGGUGCUGGUGGAUUUGAUUCAGACAAAGGUCAAUUAUGUCGUGCAGGAGGCGAUUGUUGUCAUCAAGGACAUAUUCCGCAAAUACCCCAACCGCUACGAAUCCAUCAUCGGCACCCUGUGCGAAAACCUCGACUCCCUCGACGAGCCCGACGCCAAAGGCUCCAUGAUCUGGAUCAUCGGGCAAUACGCCGACCGCAUCGACAACGCCGACGAGCUGCUGGACCAGUUCCUCGGCAAAUUCCAGGAAGAAACCUCGGAAGUCCAAUUGGCCCUCCUCACCGCCAUCGUCAAACUGUUCAUCAAACGCCCAAGUGUCGGACAAGAGUUGGUUCCGAAGGUAUUGAAAUACGCAACAGAGGAAAGCGAUAACCCGGACCUCCGUGACCGCGGCUUCAUCUACUGGCGGCUCCUCUCCACCGACCCCGUCGCCGCAAAAGCCAUCAUCCUCUCCGACAAACCGGCCAUUUCGACCGAGACGGACAACAUUGACGGCCCGUUGCUGCAAGAGCUGCUGCUGCAUGUGUCGACGUUGGCGAGUAUAUAUCAUAAACCGGCCACGAGCUUUAUUGGGGGGAUCAAGACGAGGAAGCUGGUGAAGAGUAGGGCGUUGGUGGAUCGGAUGGUGUCGAGGCCGGAGUUGCCUCAGGAUAUGCCGGGGUGA